AUGUAUUCGCCUCACCCUUUUACUGUACCGAUUAAAUAGAGAUCUCACAUACAUAAAGUUGAAAAUGGAAUUGUGCAUAAGAUGACUAAUGCAGAACUGGGUGGAAUUAUAAGCAACAAAUUAUUCAUUAAGGUACUGAGUUAUAACGUGUUAGCUGAUUGCUACUCUCACUAUUUUAUGUUUAAAUACGUGGAUCAUAGUAUUCUCAAGUUCAAGUACAGAUCUUUCCGGAUACUUGAGGAAAUUAAGUAAUCUAACUCUGACAUCAUCUGUCUCCAGGAAGUUGAUCAUAUCCAUGAUUUCUAUAAGCCUAACUUAGAGUAGCUGGGUUAUAGUAUCUAGUACACAUUGAGAAGAGAAAAAGAUGCAGUGCUUGUAGGAUAUAAAAAGGAUUAUUUUUUAUUGCUGCACUAAGAACCUGUGGAUUAUAAUGAGAUUAUGGCAAUUUACCAAGAUAAAUCCUUUUUAAGACACAAUAAAGCUUAGAUUUGCCUUUUAGAGCAUAUAGAGAGCAAGUUAAAAUUGAUAGUGAUAAGUUCUCAUUUAUUUUGGGGUGAGGACAAUAUUAAAAGUGCUCAAACUAGUUUGCUUAUCUAAAAGCUUUCCAAUUUCAUAGAGGUUCACUUUAAAGAAGAUUAAGAGUUACCAGGCAUAAUUAUUUGUGGUGAUUUUAAUUCUGGGCUGAAAUCUCCAACAGUCAGAAUGAUUUAUGGAGAGUAACUAGAUAUGGAAGCAAUCCAUCCAAAAGAAUUGGCUCUUUACAACAAAAUAAAUUAGUUAUACUAGGAAUUGACGAGAAAGAAGAAAUUCAAAUUGAUUAGUUCCUAUCAGAAAUAUAACAUAAUCCCUGAGGCAGAUAUGCAUAACGAUUUAGAACGUAGAUUAAAGGGGCAUCCCUCCUUUACAAACUAUACAGGCAAAUACAAAGACCAUUUCGAUUAUAUAUUUCACUCAGAAAAUUUGCUGGAGAUGCCAACACUUGAGGACUUGACUAUGGAAACAGCUCUUCCAAACUCUAUAUUUCCCAGUGAUCACGUGAGAAUAGAAGCACUUUUUAGCUUGGAAUUAAAUUAAAAUCAUCGAAUAGUAGGCAAACUUUGA